GGUGGUCUUGUUUCAAGAUGGCGGCGCCCAUAGAGAGAUUCAUCGGCGUACGGCGUUAGUACGGAUUUUAGUAAUUUCUUCGCGAUUAUCUUGUAUUGUGCAAUGUGCGUGACAUCGCCAACAUUGUGUUGAUUACUGUAAAGUUACCAGUCCUGUUGUACGUUCUAGGAUGGUCGCGUUUGGUUCAUAAAUUUUACAUCGGUGACUGAUGCCCCCCUCCCCACGCCUUACCAAAAACAAUCCCAAGAUAUUAUUGACUGGUUGGACAAAUUAACCUCGUGAGAAAUUCUUUAAAAAAACCUUUGAGUGAGGGUCGAAGCGUCGGGGCGGAACUGUCCAAGGGCCGAAGUUGCCAGAUACCCUUUUAUGGCACCUUUAUUUGCAUAUUUGUUUUGUAAAGAGAAAUACUAGUAAUGACAGCAGUAGCUGAAGAAACGAUGAGUUUGACAACUGACCAGGACCAAACGUUGGAAAAUACAGACACAAAUCCUGAAGCAGACAAACUGAACAUAAAUGCACCAGGAAGGCCCAAUGACAAGAAAUGCAAUGAUGUAGAUAAAGACUUGGACUGCAAUAACAUCAUCAGUGAUGUCAGCAUGAUUGACAAGUGCUCAUCAGGACAGGGAGAAGGGGGAGGAGCCAAGGAUGUGGACAACUCAUUAGAACAUGUUGAAGGGGGAGGAGCCAAGGAUGUGGACAACUCAUUAGAACAUGUUGAAGGGGGAGGAGCCAAGGAUUUGGACCCAGAACAAGCCUAUGCAGAGGGGAAAAUCUCCAAGAAACAGCUCAAGAGACUGAGGAGAGAAGAGGCAUGGAGGAAGAAAAAGGAAUUCCUAAAAACAAAGCGGAAAGAGCAGCGUCGUCUGGAGGCACAGAAGCGGAGAGAGAAGGGAGAGCCCAACAAGAAACGUCUCCGCCUGGAGUUUGAGAAACGCCUGGAGACCAGUGAUGUCACCAUCGCUGUGGACCUCAGCUUUGACGACCUGAUGAUGGAACAGGACAUCAAGAAGCUGAUGAAGCAGAUAGAGCGGUGCUACGCGGUGAACAAACGAGCACCGGUGCCUGUCCAGAUGCACCUGUCCAGUGUGGGGGGGAGGUGUAGACACAGGAUGGAGACAGCCAUCGCAGGCUGGAAGGGGUGGAAGGUGGGGAUGCAAAAAGAGCUGUACACAGAAGUGUUUGAGAGAGAAAGAAUCGUCUACCUCACCUCAGACUCACCCAACACCCUCAGCACCCUGGAGGCAGGGAAGGUCUACAUCAUCGGGGGGUUAGUGGACCACAACUCACAUAAGGGCCUUUGCUACCAAAGGGCCUGUGAGGCGGGUGUUUCCCAUGCACAGCUUCCCAUUGCACAGUUUGUCAAGAUACAGUCACGAAAAGUACUGGCUGUCAACCAUGUGUUUGAGAUCAUGCUGGCGUAUUUGGAGCUGCAGGAUUGGCAGGAGGCCUUCCUCCGGGUCAUACCACCGCGUAAGGGGGUGGAGGCCAUCACCGCAGACCAGCCUGAAGAUAACAUUACAGAAACAGAAGGUGCAGAAGGUCAACAAACCCCAAACAAAAAUGGCCCAGCCAUUGCAGAGGGUAACUCAGAAGUAUUAGAUAAAGACUCAUAGAAAACUUGAUUUUACAGGAGAUACAUGUAUGAUUACAUCUAACAAGAAAGUGGAGAAAGUGACCAAAUCUCAGUUCAAAGUGACCCAGCUUUUGGAGAGGGCACUGUGAUUCAACAAGUAUUAGUAUUACUAUAGAGACCCAUAAGAAGGAACUAGUAGCUCGGAGGACCUGUAGUAUAACUGUACCUUCAUAUUGGUAUCUAUGUGCAAAUAUUUUGUAUCAAUAGAACUUCAAAUCCUUUUUUGGACUGGAAAAAGGGGGUACUAAUGAUAGUACAACAAAAUUACUCGAAAUGGUAAUACAGUGUACUUUCAGGGUAGUAAUUGUGGAUACACCAAGGCAACUUACAAAGUGACAGACGCACUUUGGAGCUCAACAUACAUAAUACAUUAUAAAAUUA